ACCAAUACACACAUCAAACACUUGUCUAAUUAAACCUUCUCGUGUAUUUCCACUUUUACUAAUCCAAACACUACCACAAACAUGGCGAUGAAACUGCCUCUUGUUUCCCUGCCAUUCCUACUUGUUUUGUUCUACCACUGCACCACAGCUAUAGCUCAGUCACCCGCACAGUCCCCGGCCAAUUCCCAGACUCACUCCCCUGCUCAGUCCCCGACAAAGGCUCAAGCCCCGUCUCAAGCGCGGGCUAAAACACCGCCUCAAGCACCGGCUCAAACGCCAAUUGACCAACCUCUUGUUCAAGCUCCGUCUCUGGUACCCCCGGUUCCAGCAGCAUCGCCUAAAGCACCUGUACCAGCUGGCCCCAAUAUCACCAAAAUCCUUGAAAAAGCAGGCGGCUUCAGCGUGUUCGUCCGCCUCCUCAGGAAUACCCAAGUCAUAAAUCAGAUCGAAAAUCAGCUCAGCAACUCUAAUUCCUUAACCAUCUUGGCUCCCACCAAUGCCGCAUUCUCGGGUCUCAAAUCCGGCACUCUCAAUUCUCUCAAUGCUGAACAAAAGGUGCAGCUCCUACAGUUCCAUCUCAUUCCUAACUAUAUAUCAAUCACAAAUUUCCAAACAGUGAGCAACCCGGUUCUUACACAAGCUAGUGAUACUUAUAAUUACCCUCUUAACAUUACCACCACUGGCAAUAUCGUUAACAUAUCCACUGGUCUUGUGAAUACCUCCAUUUCCGGCACGGUGUAUUCGGACAAUCAGCUGGCUAUUUACAAGGUUGACAAGGUGCUUCUUCCUCUUGGCAUUUUUGCACCCAGACCAAAGCCACCGGCACCUUCACCGGCUCCGUUAAAAAAGCCAAAGAAGGAGGAGUCUUCAACAUCUUCAUCGGGUGAUGAGGUUCCGCCGGUUGCGGCUUUGAAUCUCUCCGGUGGUCUUGGUUUUACUAUAAAUGUCAUGACAUCCAUUGUGGUAGCAGCUGUCGCAGCAGUUUUCAUCAUGUGAGGAUCAGUUUGAAUUUUUGUGUGGUGAACAAUUUCAGUGGAGCUAGAUGGGCAUGGCCAAUGGCUUUGUUUUCAAUAAUGGUUGUUUGUUAUUUGACUAGUUAGUUAAUAUCAUGCAUGUGUAUGUACGCCGGUUUUGAUGGUUUUGGAUGCAUGUGAACCAGUACUGCUUUUUACGAUACAAUUCUUUUUUGGUCC